AUAAAAGGGACUCCUUCUGCUCCCUCUCUCAUCCACUCCUCUGCCUGCGUCUCCUUGCAGCAAGGCUCAGCUCCAUCGCCAACCAUGUCCUGCUACAGCCCGUGCCAGCCCUGCCAGCCCUGCGGCCCAACCCCGCUGGCCAACAGCUGCACUGAGCCCUGCUGUGUGAGGUGCCAGGACUCCGUCGUUGCCAUCCAGCCCUCUGCUGUGGUGGUGACCCUGCCCGGACCCAUCCUCAGCUCCUUCCCACAGAACACCGCCGUGGGCAACGCCACCUCUGCUGCCGUUGGCAGCAUCCUCAGCAACCAGGGGGUGCCCAUCAGCUCCGGGGGCUUUGGCCUCUCUGGCCUCUCCAGCUUGGGCCGUGGCUCCUGCGGCAGGAGCUGCUUCCCCUGCUAGAGCUGCUGGCCCUGGCCCUGGGCAAGGCCCCCAGGCACCCACCAGAUGCUUCUGCCCUGGGCACGCAGCGUCCGCUUGCUACUUUCAGAGGGGCUGAGCACCCCCAGCACCCCUUGCCAAAGGACAGGGCCAGCCUGGGCUCUGGCACAGCACAGCCCAUGCCUGCCUCUGCCCUCUGCCUCUCUCUGAUGGCCCUCCCGUGGCCUCCUUCUCUCCUGCUCCCGAGGCCUGGCAGCACCACCAAGCCAGCCUAGGGAGGACCUGCUGACCCUGCUCCCUCCAUGGAUCAGGCACAUGGACUCCUGCUGGCAUGUCCACCACAGCCAUGGAACACAGAGUCCUUCCUGCUCCUGCUUUGUGACCUCCGCCCUUAU